AUGGCGCCCUCGAACUCCAAUGUCCCGACGCCCGUUCCCUUUCCGCAGCCCGACUCGCCCCAGCAGCCCUCCACGAAUGCGACUGCCAAUUCACCCACCACGCGCCGUUCACGAACGUCCACCAAUGCCUCGCUCUCGUCUGCAUCCACUCGUAUUCGCACAGCAAGCAUAAAGUUCAUGGAGGCGGCUCCUCCGCCCGGCAUGUGGGCGGCUACUGGUACUGUGGCAUCGAAAGCGCCUACACUUCAAGAGAUCCGGAAAGGCUCCUUUAGCACUUCAGGUUGGAACGAAGAAUCCCAAAGAUACCAAGCACAAAGGCGCUCAAGCCAAAGCGAGGAGGCAGGGCGAGACCUACAGAGACGGACGAGCAAUACACAGGGUGGUGCGGCACCAGAGAGCCCUGCGCGGCCGGGUUUGAGGAAGGGCACAAGCUCAUCGAAUUCAUUGAGGGCGAGGGGAAUGGAACCAUUCCCAGCCGUGACAGAAGAAGAGAUGAGCGCAUAUCCAACUCAGGACAUUCCGCCCGAAGAGGUUGCCUCUAAACCCCCUAGUUACGAAGGACCAGGGAAGGAGGCGAUGCAGGGUGCGGAAGUCACCGAGGAAUCUGAGAAGAGUAUGGAGAUGCCGCCUCAGCCCGUUACGCGAAAAGCCACGUACGGUUACAGACCUCCUCCUAAGGUCCCUUGGACGACAUCCACCGCGAUCGGACUUAAAGCCUUUUGGAGAUGGUUUCUUACGCCAGCCGGUUUCCUAAUCACUCUAUACUGCUUGAACGUGGUCGCAUGGGGCGGUAUGCUGUUCCUUCUCCUCUGCAACGCUGCCCCCGCCAUGUGCCAUCCAGACUGCAAUGACUUACAAUCGCCGCGAAGGAUUUGGAUAGAGAUAGACUCGCAGAUUCUUAAUGCGCUAUUCUGCGUCACUGGUUUCGGUCUUGCUCCUUGGAGGUUCCGCGAUCUGUACUGGUGGGGAUGGUGGCGGAUCGGUGGCCCAAAACGCAAGCAGACCGGCAUAAGAAGGCUGGCUGGGAUACAUCGAGGAUGGUUUCGCCUCCCUGGCUCAGACCAUCUACCUGAAGAUGCGUCUGCUGCGAUUGUCAACCCCGAAGAUCCGGCAAUACCGAUUCCCCACGCUAAGAUACCAGACCCGCCGCCAACCGGAAUCCACGCACCACCCACUAAAAGCUGGAAGAUGGACUUCGUCAUCUGGAUGAACGUGUGGAACACUUUCUUCCAGAUCGCUCUUUGCUUCUACAUGUGGCAUUACAAUAGAUACGACAGACCGUCAUGGGCGACCGGUCUUUUUGUAGCAUUGGCCUGCAUCGUAGCUGGGUUGGGAGGUAUCAUGAUGUUCCACGAGGGCAAAUAUGUCAAGAAAGUCGAAGGAGUCCCAAUGCCCGCUGGAUACCAGGAUGGACCGUCGGAUCUCGAAACGCAGUCUAGCAACCGUGAACAGAUAACGACAGUACCAGGCGAGGCGGCGAAGUCAUCCUGA